CCUCACUCGUCGCGGAGAUUCCGGUGCCAAGACUUAUCGUCGCGCACGCUGAGCGCACGGUGACUUUUCUUCCCCACAAUCCCUGUUGUUCCGGACUCUUUCACAGUUUCAGCCACCAAGAUUGGGACUAUUUCUUAAAAAUAAAUGGGAAAAAAAAAAGACCUGACACAUGUAGUAUAAACGGCAGCUCUAUUAAAAGCUGCUGAACGCUCGGCGCAGCGCGUUAACAGUGCGGGCAGCAGGUGGAUGGAGAGGCUGGUGGGAUGCGGCUUUUCAGCGGGACGGAGCCGCUUCGGGGCGGCGGGACUCGACGUGCUCUACCACGGGACAACUUGGACGCGAUACAGUGACGGUGGAGCUCUCUGUUUAAAUAUCCACUUUGCUCUAUUUAAAUUCUUCUUUACCACUGGAAUGUGAUUUAUGUGGCUCAGUGAACAUAAAAGUCUCCAUUCAUCCCAGUCCCUAGAUCCGCAGACCCUUAGACUUCAAAGUUCCCAAUUGCCUUUAUCCUAGGCUGUUGUUUUUAUACUAGUUUAAAACCUUAAUGAAUCAUUUUAACCACUUUAUCUCUUUAUAUUAUCUUUAUCUCUUUAUUCUUGUUCAGUAAAAUCAUUGCUUUGAGAGACUGAAGUAAGACCCAUAACCAUACUCCUUUUAUGAUUAUAUAUUUCAUACCAUCUUUAUUUCUUAACCCAUAAGACCCUUUGAUCAUCAAAAAGUCUUUAAGUCAUGGCCUUGGAUCUGUGGCCCUUUAUCCCAACGUCCCCUAACAUCACAAUCCCUGAGCCCCUCCUGUAUGACACGUACAACCAAGAGAAUAAUUCGGACCUGAAUGGCAACUACUCAGGCCCCAGAGAGCUUCAUCAGGACAAGACCAGCUCAGUUGUCCUCACCUUUAUUAACUUCAUGGUGUGUGCCGUGGGAUUAUGUGGCAAUACCCUGGUGAUCUAUGUAAUCUUACGUUACGCCAAAAUGAAGACGGUUACCAACAUCUACAUCCUGAACCUGGCAGUGGCCGAUGUUCUGUGCAUGAUGAGCCUGCCAUUCAUCGCCUUGCAGCUGGCGCUGGUCCGCUGGCCCUUUGGAGAGGCUCUCUGCAGGGUGAUCAUGACCGUAGAUUCUCUUAAUCAGUUCACCAGCAUCUUCUGUCUCAUGGUGAUGAGCAUCGAUCGUUACCUGGCCGUGGUCCACCCCAUUAGGUCCACAAAAUGGCGGAAGCCCCGUAUUGCCAAACUAAUCAACGUCACAGUAUGGGGCGUGUCACUGAUAGUCAAUCUACCAACUAUGAUCUUCAGUGGCCUGAACAAGGUGCCGGUGUGUGGGAUAGUGUGGCCCGAACCUCAGGACCUCUACUACAAGAUCUUCAUUUUUUACACCUUCUCCAUUGGAUUUUUCAUGCCACUAGCGGUGAUAUGUCUGUGCUACCUGCUCAUUAUAAUCAAGGUGAAGUCAUCUGGAAUGCGUGUGUGUUCCUCGAAGCGAAAGCGUUCUGAACGUAAGGUGACACGGAUGGUGUCCAUCGUAGUGGCUGUGUUUGUCCUCUGCUGGCUGCCGUUCUACAUUUUUAACGUCACCUCCGUCACCAGCUCCAUAAUACCCACCUCGGCGGUAAAGACUUCGUUCGACUUCGUGGUGGCGCUCGCCUACGGCAACAGCUGCGCCAACCCUAUCCUGUACGCCUUCCUCUCAGACAACUUCAAGAAGAGCUUUCAGAAUGUUCUAUGUCUAAAAAAGGUGACAGGCCUCGACGAGAUAGAACGCAGCGACAGCAGGGCGGACAGGAGCAGGAUGGUUAACGAAGCCAUGCUCAUUAACGCCAACCUGGAGACUCAUAAUUCUGCCUUGCUCAAUGGCGAGCUGCAGACAAGCAUCUGAAAAGUAAUGGAGCAGCAUUAUCAUCCCAAGUGGAAAGAAAGUAAUGGGCUGCCAUUGCACUGCUACUAUGGCCCGUUCUAAAUUGUGGGGGCAUGAAAAUGAUGCAAUUGCUACUCAUGGACACAUGAGCAAAGACACCUGAGCAAAGUCUGACAGAAAAACAAACAGUUUCUUAAGGGGUUUUUAGAGUUCAGGGAAAGUGCAUUGACUCCAGUUAAAAAAAUUCUGACGGUUGGGUAAAUGAGGCAACUGCAGCUUAUUAACCCUACAAUGGAGCAAAAGUCUGAGAGAUUUGUUUUUGUUGAAAUCAAAUAUUUCCUGGUUGUGCUUUUCAGUUUAACUCAUCAAUGAUCCAGUCAACUGGUAGGAUCACAUAGACUACUGUGGAAAGAGUAAAGAAAUACAGGAGCUGGACUGCCCUGCAUCGGCUGGCAAGGAUUUAGGAUUAGAUUGACAACCAUCUUCGCUCUAUAAAAUCACCUUCAGAAAAGAUGGAAACACAGCAGAGAAAAACUUUAAUUUCCUGUAGCUUUUCAUUUGAAAGAGUCUGAAACCACCACCCAGAGAUGACAAGUGUUGUAUAUUUUAUUCACAUCAGCUUAAUAGUUUGGUUGUAUAUAACAGAAUGGGGGAACAAAGUGGUAUCUUUUCGCUACUGUUGGAUUCUUUUAUCGCCUCUCUGGCUCCUAUCUUCAUGGAAGCGGUAGCAUUGACUCAUAAACACAAAUUCAACAUCUUGGAUUAAUGAUCACGGACAGGAAAUCAUUUUUACAGUCUAAUUUUGCUUCUUCAAAACAACUUGACUUUGUACAUAGGAAAUGUAUUGGUCAAAGGUUUUAGAUACACUUUCUCUCUUAAUGGGUCUCUUUAUUUUCAUGACUAUUUGCAUUGUAGAUUCCAAAGCAACACAACUAUGAAUGAAUACACAUGGAAUUAUGUAGUGACCAAAAAUGUGAAUUAACUGAGGUGGUGAGGUUAAUAUUUCAGUCAUCACAGCAAUGGGCGGCUACUUUUAAGGAAUCUUAAAUAUAAAACCUAUUUCAAUUUCUAUUUCAAUUUUUUGUUUGCUACAUAAUUACAUAUGUGUUUAUUCACAGUUUUGAUGCCUUCAGUGAGAAUCCACGUACAAUGUUUUUAGUCAUAAACAUAAAGAAAACCAGUAAAUGAGAAAGGAAAUUUAAAACUUUUGACCGGUAGUAUAUUUCUGGGAAACUUUGCAAGAAAGUACAACAAUUUUUUCAUGUGUGUCAAGAAUCAAAUGAGUUUUAAUGGCAAGACCAGCUUCUUUAUUCUGGAUAACUGAAGUCAGUGAUAUGUACAUUAUAGGCCUACUCCAUCCUGUGUUUUACAGGAGUCGUCACUUGUGCCUCUGUAAAGGACCUAUAUAUAUUUGUACAGUGCUGUGUUCUGACAAGUUCUCUAUUUCAUGGUAAAACAUAACCCUCUGA